AUGUUGCGGCCUUCUUCCCUGUUUUAUUUAUGCGCUGGCUUCGCCGCUCUCGGGCGCGUGCGGAGUCAGCCGCUAUCGGUUUGCGUAGGAUCGGCCCAUUCGUGCUCAUGUGAAACUGCCCUUCCUAUUGCGUCGGCAGCGAGCACAGCAGUAGACUCCAUAGAAGGAAGGCAGGGGAACGCACCCUCCCGUGCUUUCGAAGCUGGAGAAUCUGGAAGCAUCCACGCAACAUGUCUUUCAUUUGAAGAUGAUGAUGAACGCAGUGGCGCUGAGCAGCAAUCCGUGGAACCCCUCGCCGAUACUCACGACGGUAGAGCGGUGUCUGCAGGAGCAGGCUCGGUGGACCCAUCGGAAGACUUGGGUAUUGCAGGCGAGGAAAAACUCUACGUUACUGCAGAUGACGUGUUCUCAAUCUACGGUAAUGACACCCGACCUCAGAACGGAGAGGUCGGAGAAACAGAAAAUGUCGUGACGAGUCCAUCUGUCUUGGCUGCUCUUGACGAACAUCAAGAGCUCCGGAUUUUUGCGGAAUGGCUGAAGAGCGACGGCAGCUUUCAGGAUAUCUUGGACGGAUCCGUGCCCUCGACGAUUUUCGCCCCUGUCAACGAAGUCUUGCCUUCCUCGAAAACUCUAGAGUCACUCGCGAGUACUUUCCCCAAUUUUGAUGUUGAAAACUACAAAAAGCAGAUCGAACGCCAUCACGUGAUCCGCGGCGUCCUCGUCGACCCGAACGUGAUUCGCACCAAAGGGCGCAUUGCCCUCAGCUCCACAGGUGGUCAAGUUCGUAUUAGUGAAAAAGACGCAAGAUUCUACGUCAACGACAAUGUACCUGUGAGUAGCAAGUGCCGCUUUGGGUCGCUUUUCAAAAGCCUAGAGGAUGUCCGCGUGUCUACUUCUCUCCUAAAAGCUUCAGGUUUCCUGGACAGUCACUGGGGCCCUAUAACAGUGUUUCUGUUUCCUGACUCUACGUUGCUCGACCCCAGUAAUCGACGGAUUCCUGAGUGCGUGUGGCAUGGAUUUGAACGAGAGGAAAACAGGGACUACCUCCUUCGGCUCAUCGGAUAUAUGGUUGUCCCCGGAAUCAUCGAGACAACCAAGCUGAGGGAAAACGACGCGAUUACGCCUUUAGUCGGACCCUCCUGGUCUGUGGAGAGUCACCAGCCGAAACAAAACGGUCACCCUGAAGUGAUUGUUGACGGCCUCCGCAUUAGGGAGGCAAACGUCCAGACAGAAAAUGGAAUUAUUCACGUCUUUGACGGCUUCAGACCGCGAAUCGAGCAAGGUUUCGCAGAUGCCGUCUACUGGACGUGCGUUGACGAAUAUUUGCAAGAAAACCCGUCUCUUGUGAGGCUGGCACUCAGGCUUGUUGAUAGCGGGCGUCCGCUGCCCAAAAUCGGCAUUGCUCCAGACAUCCAUCCGCCUCCGUUCAACGUGCGCCUUCAAUAUGUUCCCGCUGACAUAGUUGGAUUACGAUGCUUCAUGAUUGUCUGCAGUCUCUCCACUGCCCCUGAUGAUCAGCAGCAAGCCGCUGCGGUCGGUGCAGUACUGCUACCGGGAACUCUGGCGGCUCAGUUUCAGACACAAAAUAUUCCCGCGGCAGCCAACGCUAAGGCUGUCUAA